AUGGUAGGUCCUACCGAGUCUGGGUUACCUUUCCGUUUAGACUGGGGCUUUGAAAGUUCUCAUUACUGGUGCUGCCGGGCAAAUCGCCUACAAUCUUUCCAACAUGAUUGCCAAUGGCAAUAUGUUUGGCAAGGACCAGAAAGUUAUCCUUCACCUCCUCGACAUUCCGCAAACGCAAACCGUCUUGGGAGGUGUUGUAAUGGAACUCCAGGAUUGCGCCUUCAGUGUCCUCGAGGAUGUUAUUGCAACUACUGAUGUAAAGACUGCCUUUACCGAUAUUGACGUUGCUCUCAUGGUUGGAGCCAUGCCGCGCAAAGAGGGAAUGGAGCGCAAGGAUCUCCUGGCCACCAACGUGUCCAUCUUCAAAGUUCAGGGUGAGGCGCUUGAUAAAUAUGCCAAGAAGACUGUGAAGGUCCUUGUCGUCGGCAAUCCCGCUAAUACAAAUGCCCUUAUGAUGAGCAAGUUCGCUCCGUCCAUCCCAAAGGAGAACUUCAGCUCUCUUGCGCGUCUCGAUCAUAACCGCGCCAUUGCUCAGGUAAAUACUGCUUAUCUCACUUAAGGUAGAGCACUAUACUGGUGUGCUGGCUCUUCCUACCAGUCUUACACGGAAGAGGAACUUGCCAUUCUUUUUGCCCCUGACUGUCUUUAGUACUAGUUUCAACUCCUAGGCGGUCUCGUCGAGUUCCCGGCUGUUAUUUACCAUUCCUCAUUAUUUUCCUACUUCAAUGCGGUCCAUGAUUCUAACUUCAGGUAGCCAUGAAGCUGGGUGUGUCGAACUCCGAUGUGAGCAACGUCAUCAUUUGGGGGAACCACAGCAACACACAGUUUCCUGACAUCUCCCACGCCACUGCCAUCGUCAAAGGAAAGUCCGUCAACGCCGCCGAGGCCAUCAACGACGAAAAUUGGAUUAAGAAUACCUGCAUUCCAUGCGUGCAGAAGCGUGGCGCAGCUGUCAUUUCUGCCCGUAAGUUGAGCAGUGCUGCCUCAGCCGCAAAGGCCGUUGUCGAUCAGAUGCAUGACUGGUGGUUUGGCACGAAAGAAGGACAAUAUGUCUCUAUGGGUGUUUACAGCAACGGCGAGUAUGGCGCACCCAAGGACGUAUUUUUCAGCUUCCCUGUCACCAUCAAGGAUGGGAAAUAUAAAAUUGUGGAUGGGCUGAAGAUGACCGAAUUUGACAAGAGUCUUAUGGCCAUCACUGCCAAGGAGUUGGCGGAGGAGCGUGACGCUGCGAUUCAGGUCUGCAAGUGA